AUGUUCAAAUCCAUAAUAAGACCAGCGGUUAAGCCGUCAUACAUGACCAGACGUGCAUACCAUUCAAUAGAUCAUCCAAGCUCAAAUAUAAUCGUUAAUCCAAAAUCGAUGGAAUCAAUAAUAUUGACGAAAUCGCUUACGUACCUUCCAAAAUUCGGAUUUGAUUCGUUAUGUAUAACCCAUGCGAUCAGGGACUUGAAAUACCCAGAUUCUUUACAGUCAGCUUUGUCUAGUGCUCCUUCAGGAAAUUCAUUAGAGUUCCAAUUAAUGUUACACUGGCUUAAAAUUCAGAGACAAACCUUACAAGAUCAUGUAUUAGAUCCUAAAAGCCAGUUCAACACUAUAAAUGAUGAGUAUGAAAGAGUCAUAUAUUUAAUUAAUAAGAGAUUAGAAUAUAAUCAACCUAUCAUAGACAAAUUAUCGUCAGGUUUAUCGCAGUUGAUUGCGCCGUACAACAUAAAUCAAUCUUUAGACGAAUUGCACAAUUUGAGUGACGAUAUAGCAUUUUAUGCGGGAGAUACUUCUAAUGACUUUGCCUGGUACUCUAAAAGAUUGGGAUUCUCUUCUAUUUAUGUCAGUUCCGAGGUUUUCAUGUUGCAGGAUACAAGUGAAGAUUUUCAACAUACUAAGAAGUUUGUCGAAGAUAAGGUGCAGGCAUUCAGCAACUUAGGUGGAGCGUAUAAUGAUGUUGAGCAAUGGGGUACGUUUAAUGCUAUCAGUUUAGUCAACUUGAUCAAGAGUCAAUUAGCUAGAGGUUAA